GGUUCAUGCCAUCGCUGGAACUCUGCUCCACAGCGCAUACUCUUCAGUCUUCACUCACCUCUCCCUCUCUCUCUCUCUCUCUCUCUCUCUCUCUCUCUCUCUCUCUCUCUCUCUCCACCAUGGACAACCCUCAGGCUGCGGCGGCGGCCAACAACGUGGCCAAUCCUCCGGCGGCGGGAGCUGCGCAGGCCAAUCCUCCGGCGGCGGCGGCGGCGGCACCAGCCAACAACGUGGCCAAUCCUCAGGCGGUGGCAGCUGCGGCAGUGUGGAUCAACGUGGCCAAUCCCCCGGCGGCACCAGAUGCGGGAGCUCUGCUGCUGAUAUUUGGGCUCGUCCUUCUGGCGAUCGGCGCGGUUUCCCUGGUGCUGGCGUGCCUCCUCUGAGUACGACCUCAUCGUGUGCGCGGCUAAGGAGUACUCUACUACUACUACGUAUAAAUAAUAACCUGCGUAUAUGCAGAUGCAGUUUGUUGUUCGUACCAUCUAUGAACUUCAUUGCGAACCAAGUUUCUUUGGACCUGGAACAGCAUUCGACAUGCUUUUCCUCGUCUGAAUGAUCGACUAAGUAAAGCGGCAAGUUUGUAAUCCUUGCUUCUACUUCAGACUUGGAGAAUAACUCAGCAUGGUUUUAUAGUUUGGAUUGUCGACAAGAUAAACCGACUUGUAUUCAUGUACGCAUGAAUUGUUUCUGAGGCAAAUCUACAGCUUGGUACUAUCAACUAUGUAUGACCUAUAUUGCAUUUUAUCCACGGAUGUGUCACUGUAGCAAAUUGUGCUGAAAAGGCCUAGUGAAUAUAUAACAUUUCUUUGAGCGAA